CACUGCUCUGCUGCCGGCUGCUGCACCCGCGACACCCGCGAGACCCGCGGCCGAGGCAUCUCCUUCCACCGGCUGCCCAAGAAGGAUAACCCGAGGCGUGUCAUGUGGCUGGAAAACUGUCGGCGCAAGGAUCCCAGCGGUCAGGGUCUCUGGGAUCCGACCUCCAAGUACAUCUACUUCUGUUCCAAGCAUUUUGAGAAGAGCUGCUUUGAGAUGAUGGGCAUCAGAUGGACGGGUCUAUCUGGUUCUUCCCUCAUCCCUGUGAAGAUGGACUGGUCUGCUUGGUCCUUGUUCCCCCCAGUCAAGAUGUAUCUCCCUUCUCUCUGGACUCAUUUAAUGACAAAUGCUGAGAGAGCAGUCAUCCUUUGGUACAACAGCCCUGUUAAGCUACUGGUACUUGGAUAUCUGUGGAUGAAUGGUAGUACAACUCUCCCAAAGGAAAAUGGCUAUCACCGCCUCAAGGAGGGGGCCAUCCCUACCAUCUUCGAGUCUUUCUCAAAAACACACAGAGCAGCGAAAGUAAAGCCAGCUGGGCAGGAGAGUGACAGCCCUAAGCUUGUCCGAGCUGGGAGGCGGUGGAGGCGUGAUCCUGGCCAAGUGGAACAGAAAGCCCCCUUCUGCAUGGAUGUCUCCUGCUUCCCUGAGGAGGAGCCAGUGUCAGCAUCCAGCCCUGCAGCAGCUCCUGCUGGGGAGCAUCGAAGCCUCCCUGCUGUGCCAGGGCCCCUCCCACAGAAGGUGAACCUGGAGGACAAGCAUGAUGUGAUCCUUGCCAGCUUGUUGGACAUCCUCCUUGAGCACCCACCUGAGGCCACAGGAGGCGAGGAAGCCACAGCUAAACCUGCCCUGCCGGAGGCUGAGACUCCCCCUCCUGCCCCCGAACCAGUUCGCCCUGUCUCUCCUUCACUUUACAUGCUGCGCCUCCCGCCCCCUGCUGGUGCGUACAUCCAGACUGAGCACAGCUACCAGGUUGGCAGUGCCUUGCUGUGGAAGCGGCGGGCAGAAGCAGCACUGGAUGCCCUGGACAAGGCCCAGCGGCAGCUGCAGGCCUGCAAGCGGCGAGAGCAGCGUCUGCGCUUACGCAUUGGUGAGCUGCAGCGGGAGCAGCAGCCCCCCGCAGACAUGCACCGCCAGCUGAAGGAGCACCUCCAGGUGUUCGAGUUGCAGCUGCUAAAUGAUCUCGAGUGACCCCUCUCUCAGAUGCUGCAUCACACUGGUCUCCCUCAGUACUGCCUAAUGGGGAGGCCCAUAGCAUCAUCUCAGCCACCAGCUGAGCUGGUUACAGGCUUGCAGUACCAGGCGGCCAGGGUUGUAUGGACAAGUGUGACAAUGGUGCUUCCUCUGCCUUUGUGCUCUUACUACAGACUUGGAGGGGCUGUAAAUAAAGAUCCUGUUUUAU